GAACUCCUCAUCUGUAAGUCCCAACUUUAAAUCCUACUCGCAAAAACAUUCUAUUCCAAACCCACCGACCACAUUCUUUACUUUUCUCCUUUUUACUGCUACCAUACUACAAAGAAUCUAUUCUUUUCCUUCUCAUCUUCUUCUCCCAGAUCAACCCAAUUUACUAUCUAUCUAUUUAUUUAUAUCUAUUUAUUCAUCUUCCUCCUCCAGAAACCAAAAGCAACUGGAGCGCAAACCCGAGUUCACGAUCUGCGCCAAUCUUUUGGGUACAUUUUGCGGGGUACGCGUAGGAGCAGCGGCGCAGCAUACGAUGAUCAUCCGCAUCCGCACCCGCGACGGGCUCGAGCGCGUCACCGUCGCCACGCUCCGCUCCCUCAUCGAGUCCCAGCUCGGCGUCCCCGCCGCGUCCCAGACGCUCUCCCCCGACCCCAACCUCCUCCUCCUCCAAAACCCUAACCCUAACCCUAACCCUAACCCUAACCCUAAGCCCGUCUUCGUCCUCUCCGAUCCCGCCGCCUCGCUCUCCUCCCUCGGCCUCGCCCAUGGCUCCAUCCUCUACCUCUCCUACUCCGCCCCGCGCGCCGCGGCCCCUCCGCCUCCCCCACGCUCCUUCUCCCCCGCGGGCUCCUUCGGGCGCCGCAGGAUGACCAUCGAUGACCUCGUCGCGCGCCAGAUCCGCGUCGCGCGGCAGGAGCAGCCCCACUGCUCCGCCGCGUCCUUCGACCGCGACGCCGCGCACGCGUUCCAGCUCUACGUCGCCGACGCGCUCGCCUUCGCCGCCAAGCGCGGCGGCUUCCUCUACGGCCGCGUCGGCCCCGCCGGCGCCGUCGCCGUCGACUUCAUCUACGAGCCGCCCCAGCAGGGCGCCGCCGACGCGCUCCUGCUCAUGCGCGACCCCGACGAGGAGGCCCUCGUCGAGGCCAUCGCCGCGGGCCUCGGCAUGCGCCGCGUCGGCUUCGUGUUCACGCAGGCCGUCGGGCGCCGCGCCAGCCCCACCGGCGAGUACACCCUCUCCGGCCGCGAGGUGCUGCAGGCCGCCGAGCUGCAGGCCGAGGGCGGGAUCCCCGAGUGGGUCACCGCCGUCGUCAAGCUCGAGGUCGUCGCGGAGGACGGCGGCGCCGCGGCCUCCGCCGACGUGCACUUCGAGGCCUUCCAGAUGAGCGACAACUGCGUGAAGCUGUUCAAGGACGGUCUCUUUGUUACGGAGUUCGGGGAGGACGACGACCCGCGGCUGUCGAGGAUGACGAAGGAUGUCGUGGUCGGGGGCAAGGACACGCGGGAGGUCGACAACGACUUCUUCUUGGUGCCCGUCAAGAUCGCGGAUCACCAGGGUCCAUUAUCAUCAAGCUUUCCCAUAGAGAAUCGAAUGACAAUGGUAACACUGAGGGCGCUGAAGACCCACCUGGACCGGACAAAGCACCUGCCAUUUGUGAAGCGGAUAUCCGACUUUCACUUGCUUCUCUUACUUUCUAGGUUCUUAGACGUGAAUGCCGACGUCCCCGCACUGGCGGAGUGUGUACAGAAGCAAGGUCCUGUAUCUGAAGGCUACCAACUUCUGAUCGAAUCUUUGGCUGCUUCUUCAUGAGUAAGCAACAUUGAUGAUGAUAAUGAUGAUGCCAUGCGGCAAAAGACGGUACAAAGUUCCUGUUAAUGCUGUUAACUUUAUUAAUAUUAAACUAUAGUUUGCUGUUCGCAUGCGACUGUUUAAGAUAUAGUUAUCUUGCUUAGAUUUCAAUAAAUUUAAUUUAUCAAUCUUGGCAUAAAGGGUUUGAUCCGCUUCUCUUUCCCAUAAUCUUGAGGAGUAGGCAUAUGAAAUGAAGAUUUUUUCUAUUUCCUCCUGAA